AUGGACGACCCCUCUGGACUCGCUGCCCGGCUGGGACUUUUAUCGAUGAGGGUCACACAAAAACUCAUAGAGCACUGGAGACAAAGACUCACAGGACACGACCGCCUGCUUUUAAACUCCCCUUUUACCCAGACCGUGAACGAAGAAAACCCCUUUCCUGCCAUCUUCCUGGCACCGGAUUUUAAAGACUGUUCCGGUCCGCUGUUGGAUUUUAACCACCCCGCCCCUUUGGAGGGCACAACUGGGAAAACCUUUUAUAAAAUCUUGGUGAAAACAAUAAACAGGAAAAAACUGAACCAAAGACCUGACACCGCAUGGAGGGACUAUCUGAGCCUGGCUCCUGAGGCCAGGCCUGAGUGGAGGGCCUUCUAUAAACCUCCACUCUCGAAGAGACACGCAGAUGUGCACUGGAGAGUCCUCCAUGGGGUCAUAGCAGUGAACUCUUUUAUAUCGCACAUUAACCCAGCAGUAGAGGACACAUGUCCCUACAUGUGUCCUCUACACAUGUAG